UUUAUCGCGUGCUUCAGUUGAAGGUUCAGGCAAAAGACUUGUUUUCAGGGGUUCUUCAACCUCCAUCUCAGCUUUUCUUUCCUCACCACUUACAAAAACGCACUCCGCUAUUCAUCGCGCACUACACACCGGAAUCGAAUAAUAAAGAGGACCAUAAAAUAAUGGACGACGAAUAUUUGGACGCAUUCGAGGCGCUCAUCGGCGAUGACGAAAUCCCAUACAGCAGGGAUCUAAACAAUCGGAUCACGAUGCAAAGAAAUAAACUAGACGGAUAUCUAUUCUUUGACCUCUGGAGCAGCGAUGUGGCAGGAGUUGCCGAUAUGUCGUCGCUCUAUCCGCCACAGUCGCUAGACAUGCUUCGCGAUCUGUAUAUACAAGUCAUCACUGCCGAAUCAGACGUUCUGAAACAGCGAUGCAUACUCUAUUACCUGAAGAAGGACUUUAGUGAAGAGGCAGCUGAUGAGUUUUGCGAGUCGACAGCAUUUCCGGCAACACAGAAGAAGCUCGUUGACGGAAUCUACGCGCUCGAUCGGUUUGAUUUCGAGACGGCUAUGAGAAACCUGACUGCUCCUGGAGUCCGAUUACAGUUCACGGAAAAGAUGCUCUUAACGCUUUUGCAAUAUUCAGACAACGGCCCUCGAUAUGUGCGGAUGCUUGUGUUCACCUCUCGCCCGAAGUUGGAUUCAAAGAAUUGCAAGAAGCUGUACCUAGAAGCGCUGUCUCGAAUUUCUGUGUCUUCAGCACUCGAGUUUGUGCGAACGACGACGCCUAUCGAAGAUCGCGCCGAGUACCUCCAGUCGAUGAUAGGUUUCUGCCUGUCGACAGGCAAACCUUCCAGUGCCUACGAUAUAGCCAACCUUCCGCUUCUUGAUUACGAGGAAGCUAUGAUUCUUGACUACCUCAUGUCGAAACCCGAUGCUUCUGCAAAGAAUAUAUUACUAGUGAGAGAACUACAUCGCGGACAAGCUGGCGCAGCUAGAGAAGCUACAGGGCCCAUGAAGAACCAGAUAUCGUUUGGAACAAAGAGAACUACGCAAUGGGCGGAGAUGGCUAGAAAGCUGAAAACAAAUCCAGCCCAGAUACUAUGAGGGGAUUGAAGAGAAUUUAUUAACUAUGUACAGUAGAGAGUGCUCUUUUUUUGUGGAGUUUUGAUUUGGAUAAAGAUCAAGAAUGU